AUGUCAGGAAAGACUCAAAAAAGUGUGAAGAUUGCACCUGGAGCAGCUGUGUGUGUAGAGAGUGAGAUCAGGGGUGAUGUAACUAUAGGACCCAGGACAGUGAUCUACCGUAAAGCACAAAUCAUUGCAGAAGCUGGGCCCAUAGUGAUUGGCGAAGGUAACAUAAUAGAAGAACAGGCGCUCAUCAUAAAUGCUCACCCUGAUGCUGCAGAUUCAGAGCCCAAACCUAUGAUCAUUGGCACCAAUAAUGUGCUUGAAGUUGGCUGUUAUUCCCAAGCCAUGAAAAUAGGAGAUAAUAAUAUUAUUGAAUCAAAUGCAUAUGUAGGCAGAAACGUAAUAUUGACAAGUGGUUGCAUCAUCGGGGCCUGUUGCAACCUGAACACAUUUGAAGUCAUCCCUGAGAACACAGUGAUUUAUGGCGCAGGCUGUCUUCAUCAGGUGCAGACUGAGCGGCCACAGCCCCAGACACUACAGCUGGAUUUCCUGUUGAAAACCUUGCCAAACUACCAUCACCUAAAGAACACUAUGAAAGGAAGCUCAACUCCAGUUAAGAACUAAGAACAAUAUAUGUCAUCAAAAUAACAUUUGUCUUUGACCACUGUCUUUUGAAA